GGAGAUCGCCGAGACAACAAACUCGUGUGGCUGCGCCGUGCUUAGCCGCCGGCAGCCAAGAUUGUGGAUUUAAAAACUUCCAACUUGUUCAUCCAAAUGGCCAGUCUCCUACUUGUUCCACUACUAGUUCACUUUUCCUCCACCGCACUGGCGCACUCCAUAGCACAAGCUCGCCUUCACAUAGCGCAUCCACCGUAAUGGCUUCCAGCGACGCCGCCUGCCCCAGCGAUGUCGAGAUCGAGCUCCUCCCCUUCAUCCGCGUCUACAAGAACGGCAGCAUCGAGCGCCUGAAGGGCACCGACACCGUGCCGGCGUCCUUCGACGACGCCACGGGCGUGGCCUCCAAGGACGUCACCAUCGACCCGGCCACCGGCCUCUCCGUCCGCCUCUACCUCCCUCCAGCUGCUGCCGCCGGUGGCGCCAAGAAGCUGCCUGUCCUCGUGUACGUCCACGGCGGCGGCUUCAUGGUCCAGUCCGCGGCGUCCCCGACGUACCACCGCUACCUCAACGCCCUCUCCGCCCGCGCCGGCGCCAUCGCGGUGUCCGCGGAGUACCGCCGCGUGCCGGAGCACCCGCUCCCCGCGGCCUACGACGACUCCUGGGCGGCGCUCGCGUGGGCGGUUGACGCCUGCGCCGCCGGGCCCGGGGGAUCGGAGCCGUGGCUCGCGGCGCACGGGGACGCCUCCCGCGUGUUCCUCGCCGGCGACAGUGCCGGCGCCAACAUCGCGCACAACGUCGCCCUGCGCGCCGCCUCCGAGGGGCUCCCGCUGCAGCCGGGCGCGGCGAUCGCCGGCGUGAUGCUGGUGCACCCUUUUUUCUGGGACCCGUCGAACACCAUGGCGCCGGAGCUGGAGGUCAGGAUCCGCCGCGAGUGGGCGUUCACGUGCGCGCGGCCCGACGCCGACGUGGACGACCCGAGGAUCUGCCCGACGUCCGCCGGGGCGUCGGUGCGGCUCGAGGCGAUGCCGUGCGGGAGGGUGAUGGUGGCCGUGGCCGAGGACGACUUCCUGGCGGCCAAGGGGCGGGCGUACCACGCGGCGCUGCUCGCGAGCGGGUGGCGCGGGGAGGCGGAGCUGGUGGACACGCCGGGGCAGGGCCACGUGUUCCACCUCCGGCGACCGGGCACGGAGGCGGCCGCCGAGAUGUUGGACCGCGUCGCGGAUUUCAUUUCUCGUGCUUGACUACCCGCCCGUUGUUCCUUUUGCCCACUGCGUGGCAUCGUCUGAGUGUGACUGAGCGAGACGUGUGAGCAGGAUCUACUAUUCUCGUGGAUUCAUACACAAAUAAAACUCAGUGCUUUGAAAUAUACGAGAAGUUCGUUUAUCUA